CCAUGACAACAGUUCCGGCCGGAAGUGGUUGUGUCCAUGGCGUCCGUCCCGGUCCGGACGCGGCCGCAGCAGACGCAGAAGCAGAAGAGGUUUGUGCCUCAGAGGCCUCGAGCACCGAAGGCCUCGGACCCGGUUCUGAGUGUGCUCUGCUGGGGGGUCACGCACCAGGUCACGGAGCUGACCCAGCUCCCUCCCCCCGUGAUGCUCCUCCCCGAUGACUUCCGGGCCAGCUCCAAGGUCAAGGUCACCAAUCACCUGUUCAACCGGGAACACCUUCCUGCUCACUUCACCUUCAAGGAAUACUGUCCUCAGGUGUUCCGGAACCUGCGGGAGCGAUUCGGGAUUGAUGACCAUGACUAUCAGGUGUCCCUCACCCGCAGCCCACACUGGGUGGGCAGCACCCGCAGGCUCCUGCUCUCUGCUGACCGGACACUGGUGGCCAAGGAGCUGUCGGGGGAGGACGUGGGGGAUGUGCACGGGGUCCUGAGCCACUACCACCAGUACGUUGUUCAGUGCCAUGGCAACACCCUCCUGCCCCAGUUCCUGGGUAUGUACCGCGUCAGUGUGGACAGUGAACACCGGUACCUGCUGGUCAUGAGGAACACCUUCAGUCACCGGCUGCCUGUACACCGCAAGUACGACCUCAAGGGGUCUUUGGUGUCCCGAGAAGCCAGUGACAAGGAGAAGGGCAAAGACCUCCCGACCCUAAAGGACAUGGACUUCCUGAACAAGAACGAGAAGGUCUAUGUGGGGCAGGAGACCCAAAGGGACUUCAUGGACAAGCUCAAACGGGAUGUGGAGUUCCUGGUGCAGCUGAGGAUCAUGGACUACAGCCUAUUGCUUGGUAUACACGAAGUGGGGCGAGAGGGGCCCGAGGAGGAGGAGGGGGAGGAAGAAGAGGGGGGGGGCGAUGAUGGGGGGGGGGGGACCCCCCCCGAGGGCAUCGGCUCCAUCCUCACCCCCCAUCGGCCCCAUGGACCCGGAGACUUCGACCCCUAUGUGGAUGUCUAUGGGCUGAGCUGCAGUGAGGCUGCCCCACGGAGAGAGGUUUACUUCAUGGGGCUCAUUGAUGUCCUCACCCAAUAUGAUGCAAGGAAGAAGGCAGCACAUGCGGCAAAGACUGUCAAGCAUGGGGCAGGAGCUGAGAUCUCCACAGUGAACCCAGAGCAAUAUGGGAAACGUUUCCUUGACUUCAUCUCCAACAUCUUCGCUUAGGGGGGGGG